AUGUCGGUGAAACACCCACGGCGAUCCACAAGCGCCUGCAAUGCCAUGACGAACCCUGGCGUCCUCACAGUCUCCGUCGCCAUUGGCAUCCUGGCCCUCGUGGUGCCACUGAUCAGCCCCUACUCGAAGUACUCAGGGAUGAUCAACCGAGCAACUCCCUACAUCUACCCAGUGCCUGUGAGAGAUGAUGGCAACAUGCCCGACAUCCCUUCCCAUCCCUGCGACAAGGAGGGGCCCAGUCUGGAGUGGCUGAAGAAGCUGUGACGCAUCCCAGGCUGCGGAGGGAACCUUCCCCCAGGGCCGGGUCAGCAUGCUGCCCCCUGCCUGCUACAGGUGGUUCGGUUCUCUCGGCCUCCCCCUCCUUCCUCUGGCCG